AUGGCUUCGUCGCCAGUUUCGCCUUCCAUCGUGGGCUCGCCCCGGAGCACGACCUCCAUAUUGACCCCGACUCGAAAGGUUCAGGCUCUACUCGCGCAGUUCAGCGACUCCGAGUCUGACAACAAUGCCCCGGCUCUUCUACAAACCGGGCAGGAAACCGCUGUCUCGCAGUCUCAUGGUGUAGCGGAAGUGGCGAGGCCAACAGGAUCCCCAGACGACUCAGAAGACGAGGACAUCCUAGCCCCACGGAGGCUCACAGCCUCUAGGCAAAUAAUUACUGCUACACCUGAUCGAUCCCCGCACCACGACCGCAACGAUGCUCUGGAAAGUGUCCUGGGAAGGGAGGCGGGCAAAGAUGAUAAGUUGUUUAGCAAUUCAGAAGAGGAUGAGACCUGGGGACUGCGCCAUACCGCCAACCUCGAGGGAUCCAACUCUGGAUCCCGAUCUCCUUCACCCUUGUUCUUUCCUUCACCCGACGGCCAUAAGUCGAAAUUUCUUGCUCUUGUCGAAAAGCAUAGAAAACAACGGCAAGAGAAGGAGGCGCUAGAAGCUGAAAAGCGUGCCAUGCAACUGCAAAGCCUCAAAGCCCAAAAGCAGGGACAAAGGAAACCACGUGGAUCCAGUCCUGCAGACGAUACCGGAGAAGAUAGCGACGUAUUGGAAGAGACUGGGGGGAAUAGAUUGUCAAAACAAGCGCGUCCUACCCGCAAAGCGAGUAAGAAAGCCCUUGAAGAGAUGAAUCGAGAGACUCAACGGAUUAGUCGAAACAUGCAACUUGCACAUCAGGCACGUACCAAGAAGAAGAUUAGCAAGGACAGCUUGCUGGCCCGAUUCAACUUUCCUGUGGCAGCUUCAAAGACUGAAAGAGACCACGAACUCUCCGCUACAAGCAGUUCCAGGGCGCCAUCAGAGAACGAAGCCGAGAACAGGAACGACACUCCACCCACAAGUCCCCCUGCAGGUCUUGUCAGCCCGAAGCUAUACAAGGGCAAAGAGAGGGCCAGUUCGUUGGAACCGCUCGAACAAGCGGUGCGCACCCUUUCGAGGACGAUGCCCGGCUCUAACGAGAUCGGCGAACAGCCACUGGCACCCUCCGUCAAGCCGUUGAAAGAGCCGGGAAAAUUCAAAAUCUCAUCUUUUCAAGCAAUCAAUUCCGAUGACGAUGAGUCUGGUUCGGACCUGGAGGUCAUUACAUCUCGAGCCGAUAAACGCAAGUACGCUGUAUUUGAACACCUGCGAACAAGGAAAGCCAAAGAGGCUCCCUCGCAUAUAGCACUACGGUCCUUGGCGAAUCUGAUAAAAGACGAUCGCAAGCGUUCUGGUAGUGCGGCAGAAGUGGAAGCGCAUCUGCGAAGAUUAGCUCGCGAACAAGCCCAACAGGAGAAACAACACAGACUUGACGAAUUGAUGGCGAAAGGUGUAGUAAUACAGACGGCGGAAGAGCGUGAGAGAGAGCAACAGGAAGUGGAGGAUCUGCUCGAGCGGGCACGACAAGAGGCUGCUGAAAUCCAGAAGCGAGAAAAGGCUGCGGCCAAAAAGGAGGGCAAUUACACCAAAGACGACCUCGAUGAUGAAGAGGAAAGUGAUGAUGAAGACUUUGCCGUUGAAGAUGACGAUGGAGAUAACGAGGACUCGGCGGAAGACGACGAUGUUGACGGGGGAGAUUCUGAAGAUGAAGAGCCCGAUGAGAUUGAAGGAACUGGACAGGACGCGGGCAGUUGUCUCGACAACGAAGCUGAAGAACAUGAUUCAGCCGAGUCGUCGUCUGCAGAAAGCCCAGCCGAGAUGGACAACGACGCCUCUGACGAUGCAACUGAGGACCUGCCACCCGUCAACUUGGUCCCACGAAAAUCCCGACUGAACCGAGUUGUCAGUGACGAUGAGGAGGGUCAUGAAGAUCAGCUGCCAUCCCCUGAACUUCCUGCACCUGCGAAGACUCCCCAGACUUUGACUCGCUCGGCGCGAAAGCAGAUCCCUGGCCUACAGAUGUCGGACGACCUGCCCAUCGGCUUGACACAAGCCUUCGACGCCACGAUGGCAGAUUCACAGAGUCAGGAGUUGCCGUUCAACAAGGAUCACGACAGCCUCCAAAUGAGCGCGGACCUCCCAUCGCCCAAUAUCGCCAUGGUGCCCAAGCUUUAUCGACUCGACUCAAUUGACGUGAUCACCGACAGCCAGCCUGCUUCUCAGACGCAGCCAGUGAAUGUAAACCUCUCGUUUUCUCAAUCAGACAUCGUCCCACAGUCACCGGCUAUACGCUCAGCGGCCGAUGGGAUGGACAUGACCCCGCCACAGCCACAGUUUGAGCCAACGCAGGAUGGCGGAUAUGUCCUAAGCCCCUUUAUGGGUAACCGCUUCGCGACCGAGACCCCUCGACACCCCCUGCCACACUCCAGUGUGGACACUAUCGUUUUGGCCAAUGAUUUGCAAGAUAGCCCCAUCAUGCAGAGAAAGAGCAGACUUAGACGCGGCCGUGCCACGAUGAAUGAUUCAGAUGACGAAGCAGCGGAGGCGAAAGACUCUUCAGCUUUCGUUGUGAUGCAACGCGCCGCCGCCAAGCAGUCUCGGGAAGCAUUUGAUAAGCAGAAGUCGCGAGCACGUGAAGCAGUUGAUGAUGCCGCAGAAGAGUCCGAAGAUGAAUAUGCCGGCCUUGGUGGAGCGAGCGAUGACGAGAUCAACGACGAGGAGAACGAGGAUGAUCGAAGGAUGAUUGAUGAAGACACGCAGGUUGGAGUUGGAGAUGAAGCUAAACUGGCCAAGCUCUUUGCGGAUCGGGAACGUCAGCAGGAUGAGGCCGCCGUUUCUAAACUAUUGAAGGACAUCACGACCGGUGCACUGCGGCGGAAGCGUGGUAACGAUGACCUGGACUUGUCGGACGAGGAAGAUGCCUUGAUGCGACGGAGAGAAGCGAAGAGAAGAGAGUUCGCCAAGAUGCGCCGGGAAUUGCUGAAGGACGAAGCCGUGGGGAAGAUUGCUGAAGAUAAGAAGAAAGAAGCCUUUCUCCGGAGCAUCGAGGACCGGCCGAACAGUGACGACGACGACGACUUUGAACGCCCAGAAACCCAGCCCGAGGGGGACUCAGAGGGGACGGAUAGCCAGAAUAUACAGUCGAGGCAAAGGGCCGAGGACAAUACAUUUCAGCGAUCGAGCGAUACAGCUAACCUGCCACUUGCGGCUACAGCAGCGUCAAAGCUGAAUCAAGGCGUACACGUGGGUCGUCGAAACGGCAUACAUAUCAACAGAAAACCGGGAACUUUGGCUGAGAUUCGCGAGUCCGUCUUCUUCCUCAUUGAGGAGCCGGACUCCCAAGCAGGGACCGUUGAUCUAGGCCUCUCGGACUCAGAAGACGACGCCGAAGCGUAUGUUGACCUCGAUCGCCAUCUCCAAGCUGCCGAAGCAGAUGAGAAUGCUGCAGACGCAAAUGAUCUCGGCGACUUUAUCGUGGACGACGACGAUGACGGCCAAGCCGAGGAAGAAACGAUGUUCAAAAAGCCCGCCCUGCCCGCCUCCGACUCUCGCGCGCCUUUCUCGGACCGCCGUACCAAGGAACGAGUCAACGUCGUCAAUCGUUUAAGCAUGCUCCGUCAGCAAUCUUCCUCUGGCUCUUCUGGUAGCACCAAAAUGGCAUUCUAUACGUCGACAUCUUCUACCAACAGCUCUUUCAGCAAAGUACCCGCUCUCUUACGACGAGCAACCACGAAUUCAAGCUUGGGAAGCAUGGCAGGCAGAGACGAGAAUGUGUCUGCGACGGGAGUCGUCACGAACAAGACCGAGCGCGGGAAAGCCAGUGACGAGAAGACAUUUGUUCGGAAAGGCACAGGCGGAAGGAGGAAUGCGGUCAAUUAUAGGCCGACGGUGAGAGAGGAGAAGAUGUCUCAACGAGCCGGAGUAGCAAAGCAAGCUGCAGCAAAGGCGAAAAAGGGGGGGUUCCUCGGUGUCUUGUUUAACGGCGGGAGCUGGAAUUAG